GGAGCGUGAAAAAUGGCAGCAAAUCAGAACAGAAGACGUCUUCUAAGUCGUCGAAGAAGAGCGGAGGGUCUGCCUCCACAAAAGGGAAAGGCAUUCGCGGCAGAAAAACCACCAAGAAGCAAACGAACGUGAGACGCUCAACCAGCGCCACCCCUUCUUCUACUUCUACUCCUGCUCUGCGAGCGCCUGCUUCCAUGCUAGGAGCAGGCAUAGGCGUCGGUGCUGCGACAAAGAAAAUAGAAAUUUCUCCUUUCCAAGUGCGGCCAUUCUCGUCGGCCCUGAAGAUGAACUCCGGAACAAUAGGACAACAGCUGGAUACUGUACAACUUUUUGAUAGAACAGAACCAGAAGAUGAUGAAGAGAUUGACGCGGACGCAACUAGUACGACCGAAGAAGUGGAAGCCACGCCACGAGGAACUCCAAGGAGCGUUCGCGGUGGUGCACGAGAGGUGAUCCCGUUUGAGCAGCGUCCUGCAGUACAUCGUCGUAGAGAGCUGCGAAUGCUUUCUUCGCGAGAGCGCCUCACGGCUCACACGCUGUCUUCAGCCACAUUAAGCAUUCGAAAGAAGUCUCCCGCUAGUGGGGCGCAGUCUCAUGUAGAAGACAACUACGAUCCUGCCCAGGGGGAAGAUGGGUCAUACGCACUCUCUGGCUCAGAGAGAGCAGUGGACGCAGUCAGUUCGGCGAGGUCAAAAAGUUCAUCUCCGAACUCUGCUCGAAGUCCAAUGCGACGUGGAGACAGUCCGCAAUUGGUGCGCCUGCCACUAGCUUCUCCUACAAGCACCCCAGGACCUUCUCCACGGGCGAAAAAAGGCGUUCUGUCAUCUACUGCUGCUCGG